CUAAAAUAGACUGUAGGAUCUCUCUACUAUACUAGGCUACUGCAAUUCCAUGAGAUGUCAGAGAAUCGGAUUAUUCAUAUUAGUUACCAUAUUGUAUAUAUCAAAUUUUAGGACUAGGCAACAGUAGAUAUCGUAUUUAAUUAGUAUUCUAAUUUCCCAACAGGCAACCUUUUGAUUCACCUUAUUUGAGUCACCUUAGCAGAAUCUUCGGGUAGUUUAAUCAGCGAAAAGGGGAGUGGAUUAGUCGUUCUUUGGGGCAGUUUUGCUUCAAAAGAAGCACUUCUCAUGCCUAUUCUUUGAGGUUAUCUAGUCGCGGAAACAAUGCCACUGACCUAACAGGGACUCAAGCCGACAUUGGGCUGUCACUGCUCCUUGCUCCUAUCCCACAUUGACAGCGGGGCUACUCGAAAGCUUGUAGGUCGUAUGCUUUGCUUUGUGUGAUACGGGAAGCUGCUCAACGUUUUGUAGCGCUAUAUGAAAUCGACAUUGUGAUAAGGACUUUUUUUUCCAUCUUUCCUUUCAAAAAGCUGAGUUUAUAAUUCGGCAAAUAGAGAUGAAGAAUCUACUCCCUUGGAUAGUCCUGACGUUUUGGAUAUUUUUAGAGUGUAUAGAGGCCAAGAAGUCUUGCUGGUAUUUUGAAGGUGGAUACCCCAUCUACUUUAUAUGCCGCUCGUACGAGGACUGCUGUGGCACGCGCUGCUGCGUCCGAGCCCUCUCCAUCCAGCGGCUAUGGUACUUCUGGCUGAUGCUGAUGAUGGGGGUGCUGUUCUGCUGCGGAGCGGGCUUCUUCAUCCGUAGGCGCAUGUACCCCUUGCCCCUCAGUGACGAGCCCGCCUUCAACGUCUCCUUCACCAGGCAUCCCGUAUCCACGCCAGUAUCCCAGCAACCUGGCAUGGUGGGCUACGGCGACCCUGGCGUCAUGACAUCACCCCUUACCCCCACCUACCCCAUCCAGCCCGGCCCUGCUCACAUGAGCGCCUACCCUCCACCGCCCUCGUACUGCAACCACCCACCCCCGCCCUACGAACAGGUGUUCCGGACACCAGAGAAGAGGUAAAGGCUGCCGGUCACGGCGUCAUUGACGGAGACCAUUGGCGUCCCCUCCGUUUCUUCUCCUUCAUGGUGACCUCAUCGCGAGCAGAACUGACAGGACAAGGAGAGGAGGGGACAUCUACAAUCUGUCUGCCACUGUUAUACCUUCACCAUCAGACCAAGUCCUAGGGACAAGAUACAGACAACCACCUUUAGAGACAAACUGGCUUCUGGGGACCUGUGCUGCAGGCGGUGGUCUUGUGGGGACCUGUGCUGCAGGCGGUGGUCUUCUGGGGACCUGUGCUGCAGGCGGUGGUCUUCUGGGGACCUGUGCUGCAGGCGGUGGUCUUCUGGACAAAGACGGGCUGAAUUUAUCUCCGGAUCUCCAUGGCUUGGAUUUCACUGUCAUUCACCCUUCCUCUAUCUUGCCCACUUUUUUCACAAAAGCAUAACUAUCCACCUCAGUCUUUUCUGCUGGCAAUGCCAUCUUGAUGGGCAUGGUCUUGCCUGUGACUGUGAUAUGUACUGAGUCGCUCACAGACUCCUGUAGAUGGGUGUUCAUGCCACAGACACCAAACUGUGGAAGUCGAUGACGAAAGCUUACCCAAGAUCAGCACCUUGCUUUUAGAUUCAUAUCGAUUCAAGUAAACAUUAGGGUAGAGAAGCUGAUCCAGGACCGAGGGCAUAAGACCAACCACUAUCUAAACUGUACAGGAGCAAUAGCAAAUUUGAGUUGAAAGACACCUUGGAGAAGUUGAAAACAAAAGGCGUUUAAAUGGCUUAAAAGGUUCAAAGACUUUCCUAUUAUGAGGCUGAAUAAUUGGGCUUCUCUCUGUAGCUGCCUGUGUUCGCCUAACACUGAGAAAAUGUUAAAUAGACAAUAAACACUUGUCAGGAUGCGUUGUGCAAAUUGUGCCCAUUUGCUGUGAAGGGAAAGGAAACCGACCUGGAUUUAUCGGACCUAUUAUGUGCGCUGGAGAGAGCGGUAAUUAUGAGAGGCCGAUUUGUUUGCAACGUUUCAUUCACAUUAUGGAUGCGUGUGUGUAUUCCUGUGGUGCUGACCGUGGCGAUUCGGCGCUCUGGAUCGGGACACCACAAACUGGCAGGGAAUGUGUAGUUCAGUUGGUUGAGCAUGGCGCUUGCAACACCAGGGUUGUGGGUUCGAUUCUUAUGGGGGACCAGUACAAAAAAUGUCAGAAACUGUAUGCGCUCCCUACUGUAAGUCACUCUGGAUAAUCACAUCAAUCAGACGGACCCCCAAUUGAGACCAAGUCACGUGGUUUCAAAUGACAAUUUGUCAGUGACUGCAUGGGUAUGGUGAAACCUACCACAACUCUACCUACGCCAUAUUCUCUAAGCAUCCAUUUCCACUCGAAGCGAGAUGUGAUCCCCAUAGAAGUUCAGCCAUGGUUCUCAGAUAGACUUCAGUUUGUACAGUAAGGAGCUCAACCAGAAUGAGGAUUAACCCAAAACUAUAUGUUUGUUUCACACACGCACGCAGGUUGCAACUGGAUUACAUUUUCCAUAUGGGAAGCUUUUCUGACUGAUGGCCCAUCCCAGUGAAACUGCUUACUUACCUGAUUCUCAAUAUCUGUGCUGCAAUAAUCUCUAGACAAAGUCGUGGUAGUCACAAAAGCUAGCUGCACUCCUUCAGUAGCCUAGUUCGUCAAACACGAUGUACCAUCUGUUCGCCAUUUAAACAUCUCACGUCAGAAUGGUGACGACCAACUGGUUCUGCGUAGGUAGGUACAGCGCUGUACACCUUUACUGUGGUAAAAAUGGUUUUCAUGUAUGAAUCUGAAACCCUUUCUGCAUUUCAGAGAGUAAAAAAAUGGUUUGCUUUCACAUAAACAAGCUAUCAAGCUCACAUGUAGAAUGUGUAUGUGUACUAGAGGGCCCAUGUCCCAAUGAUUGACCAGGUCCUCAAGCUGGCACUGACCAUUUGGGUGAAAGUACCAGGAUGUGUUCUUCUGUUUACACUUAUUUGUCAGAGUGGAUCAGGCACUCAACCCCUCCACAAAGGCAAUCAUGUGGAAAUGUCCUAAGAUAGGGCGUUGACUCUUUUCUGGGCAGGAUAUGGGACAUUACCAUCUGUUAAAACAGAUCGAACUAACCACCCAGUGUUAACGAUACAACUGUCAUUGACUUGGAAUGUCCUUCAGGAUGUUGCUCCAUUUGUAGAUGUUAGCCGGCAAACUGGGUACGUAGACCCUAUUAGAGCAGAACCAAGGAGGGAGAUGUAAUUUAUGGUAAGUGUUACUAUUGGAUGAUGUGUAUACGUUUGGCUAAUAUGACAUGUCUCUAUUUGAUAAUUUAACUAUGCAACCAAGGUUUAAAAUGUAAUUUGUAGAGCUAGAGUUAGGAUUUGCUUUUACUGUUGUACCAGACGGUUGGUUUUCGCCAUUUUACUUUACAAAAAAAUCGAAAUGAUCCAUCCAUGAUAUGGUUAAUAAAGUUUCCUUCCGAUAGAAGUUAGUGUUCAUUUAUUCACUUUAAAGUUGUCCGUGACUGCCUUCUCACUGUUCAGUCGUGCUUUGAGAUUGAAGGUUUUAUACUUGGAUGUCAUUUUUGUUUCAUGAAAAUAUGAUCAUCUGGAUGGAAAACUGUUCCCCUCAGAUACAAUGUAGACCAAAUGAAUGAGACACUCCCUAAACAUUCUAUAGAAUGGUAUCCUCCUCUCUUGCUUGUAUUCUUACAGAAAAUCAGCCAGAAGCCACAUUUCUCCUCAUUAACUUGUAUUGUACCGUUUUAGUAAUGUAGUUCAAUACCACUGCAGUUAAAUACUCAAACACCGAGUCAUCCCAGAAUGUUAGCUUUGGGUGAUUUAACAGUACAGAUAACUCCAGGCAAUGGCAGUCCUAACUUGGAAGUGAUAGGUGGGCGUAAUUCAUGCUUAUGUAACACUCACAUUGGCCUGAGGUGGCUUUCUAAAGAACACUAAUUGGCCAAACCCCGUUAGACUUCCUCCUACUCAUAUGUUAAAUAAAGCCA